AUGGCUUCUAGAGGCCUCAAAACUUGCUUGGCUGUGUCUCUACUCUUCUUGAUCAUUUUUACCAUCGUGAUUGUGACCUUGUUUCUCACCAUCUUUAAACCCAAGGAUCCUGACGUCAAUGUUCACCCACUUGGCCUCGAACAUAUUCAAUUUUCCCUUUUACUCAAUUUGACCAUGAAUGUGUCUCUAGGCAUGAUGAUCACUAUAGAGAAUCCAAAUUAUGGAAGCUUCGAGUACACAAACUCCACAGGUUAUAUCAAUUUUCAUGAUACAGUUGUUGCCUGUGUUCCAAUGGAGGCAGCGUUAGUCCCAGCGCGUAGCGUUAUUAAUGUGAACACUACUGCAGAUUUUAUGGUAGGAAAGUUGGUGCUUGAUCCCAAUUUUUGGCCUGAUGCUUUUACUGGGACCUUGAAUUUUACGUCAACAGCUACACUACAUGGGAAAGCGCGCGUGCUUAAGAUUAUCAAAUUGAAGGCCACGGCUUAUAGCUCAUGUGACAUCUCUCUUCAUAUAAGCUCUAGGGUUGUUGAUACCAAAUGCAUAUCCAAAAUCAAGCUUUGA